AUGGCUCUUCAAGAUUUAGUAGAUCUAUCAGAUCUGAUAUUUGGAGCAAAUAAUAAUCAAAAAGAAAUUACAUUGUUCAAUAGGGAAGAAACAAAUAUGGAAUUUGAGUAUAUGUUGUUAGUUCAGGAUACAUUAGGUGAUAAUGAUUU